CCUGCGCCGGGGCCUGCGGAGGCGCCGCUCGGCGCGGGCUCCGCCGGGCCUGCUCGGGAAGGGAGGACCUCAGGUUCGGGGGGGGUCCCCCCAGCCCCUUUGCUAACCUUUAAAUCUUCGGUUCGAACGGGCAGCGCCGGCGGUUGCUCUCGUUGGGUGCCGGCGAACAGCCUGCUCCUGCAAGGCGCACCGCGGCCAGCGCCUGCAGGCUGGGGGCGUGCUGCCGUGUUAGACCCCGUAAGAGCUGUCAUUAGCUGCACGCUUCGCUUGCUAGCUCGAGUCUUAGAGCUCCUCUGGGGAGACAACAGAAGUUUGUUCCUGUUUUUUGUGCUUGUCCUGGCAGAUCAGCACAUAGUUCCAGGCUAAGCCAUGACUUCAGGAUCUGGGCAUGUGGACUCCAAGGCUGAGCUCACUGCUUUGCUUGAGCAAUGGGAGAAAGAACAUGGCAGCGGGCAAGACAUGGUCCCUAUUCUCACCAGAAUGUCUGAGCUGAUUGAGAAGGAGACUGAAGAAUACCGCAAAGGGGAUCCAGACCCAUUUGAUGACCGACACCCAGGUCGAGCGGACCCAGAGUGCAUGCUUGGUCACCUACUGAGGAUACUUUUCAAGAAUGAUGAUUUCAUGAAUGCGCUAGUGAAUGCUUAUGUGAUGACAAGCAGAGAACCUCCAUUAAACACUGCUGCCUGCCGACUUCUUCUGGAUAUCAUGCCGGGACUGGAAACAGCUGUUGUCUUUCAGGAAAAGGAAGGCAUAGUUGAAAAUCUCUUUAAGUGGGCGCGAGAGGCUGAUCAGCCGCUAAGGACAUACGCAACGGGACUAUUAGGAGGAGCUAUGGAAAACCAAGAUAUUGCAGCAAAUUACAGGGACGAGAACUCGCAAUUGGUGGCUUUGGUGCUUCGACGGCUACGAGAGUUACAGGUUACUGAAAUGACUACAAAACAAGAAAACAAGCGUCCCAGUCCUCGGAAAGUGCCAUCAGAUCCUCUGCUGCCUCUAGAUGAAGAGGCUGUGGAUAUGGAUUAUGGGGAGAUGGCAGUAGAUGGAGAGCAAGAGGAAGUUUCUGGGGACAUGGAGAUCUCCUUUCAUCUUGAUUCAAGUCACAAGACGAGUAGCAGAGUAAACUCUGCUGCAAAGCUAGAUGAUGGGGGACUGAGGAAAAGCAAAUCAGGCAAACAGCACGAACGAGACGGCUUUCGAAAGGCCAAACAAAAAUUGGGCUUCUCCACUUCAGAACCAGAGCGGAUGUUUGUUGAACUGUCCAACAGCAGCUGGUCAGAAAUGUCCCCAUGGGUGAUUGGCACUAAUUACACCCUUUACCCUUUGACUCCUGCCAUAGAGCAGAGGCUAAUUCUUCAGUACCUGACUCCCUUAGGGGAGUACCAAGAGCUACUACCCAUCUUUAUGCAACUGGGAUCAAGGGAGCUGAUGAUGUACUACAUUGAUUUGAAGCGAACCAACGAUGUGCUGCUCACUUUUGAAGCCCUUAAGCAUUUGGCAUCAUUGCUGCUGCACAACAAAUUUGCAACAGAGUUUGUUGCUCAUGGAGGAGUGCAAAAGUUGCUGGAGAUUCCUCGUCCUUCCAUGGCAGCCACGGGGGUCUCCAUGUGCUUGUAUUAUUUGUCUUACAAUCAAGAUGCCAUGGAGAGGGUGUGCAUGCACCCGCAUAAUGUGCUUUCAGAUGUAGUAAACUACACCUUAUGGCUAAUGGAGUGUUCCCAUGCCUCAGGCUGCUGCCAUGCUACCAUGUUCUUCUCCAUUUGCUUCUCCUUCCGUGCUGUCCUGGAGCUCUUUGACAGGCAUGAUGGCCUUCGACGUCUGGUUAACCUGAUAAGCACUCUUGAGAUCUUAAACCUGGAAGACCAAGGAGCCCUCCUGAGUGAUGAUGAGAUCUUUGCCAGUCGCCAGACUGGGAAACACACGUGCAUGGCCUUGCGUAGAUACUUUGAGGCUCACCUUGCUAUCAAACUUGAACAGGUGAAGCAGUCACUCCAGCGUACUGAAGGUGGCAUUCUUGUCCAUCCGCAGCCCCCCUACAAGGCCUGUUCAUAUACUCAUGAGCAGAUUGUAGAGAUGAUGGAGUUCCUGAUUGAGUAUGGUCCAGCACAGCUUUACUGGGAGCCAGCAGAGGUUUUUCUCAAAUUGUCUUGCGUCCAACUCAUGCUUCAGCUCAUUUCAAUAGCGUGCAACUGGAAGACGUACUAUGCAAGGAAUGACACAGUACGAUACGCUUUGGAUGUACUAGCCAUCCUGACUGUGGUCCCUAAAAUCCAGUUGCAGCUGGCAGAACCUGUGGAUGUGUUAGAUGAAGCUGGAUCUACUGUUUCCACUGUGGGUAUUAGUAUCAUCCUUGGAGUUGCUGAGGGUGAGUUUUUCAUCCAUGAUGCAGAGAUUCAGAAAUCAGCCCUUCAGAUCAUCAUCAAUUGUGUAUGUGGCCCAGAUAAUCGGAUCUCCAGUAUUGGCAAAUUCAUCUCUGGAACUCCUCGGCGAAAGCUUCCUCAGGCCCCCAAGAGCAGUGAGCACACGUUAGCUAAGAUGUGGAAUGUGGUACAGUCCAACAAUGGCAUCAAAGUGCUGCUGUCAUUGCUGUCUAUAAAGAUGCCAAUCACAGACGCAGAUCAGAUCCGAGCAUUAGCCUGCAAAGCCUUGGUGGGGCUCUCGCGCAGCAGUACUGUCCGGCAGAUUAUCAGCAAGCUCCCCCUCUUCAGCAGCUGUCAAAUUCAGCAGCUGAUGAAAGAGCCGGUGCUUCAGGACAAGCGCAGUGAGCAUGUGAAAUUCUGCAAAUAUGCUGCUGAACUGAUAGAGCGUGUCUCGGGGAAGCCUUUGCUCAUUGGCACAGAUGUCUCUCUGGCUCGGCUGCAGAAAGCGGAUGUGGUGGCCCAGUCAAGGAUCACGUUUCCUGAGAAGGAGCUGCUGCUCCUGAUUCGGAACCAUCUCAUCUCUAAGGGCCUAGGAGAAACCGCAUCUGUCCUUACUAAAGAGGCUGACCUACCCAUGACUGCAGCAUCUCAUUCAUCUGCCUUCACCCCUGUUGCGGCUGCUGCCUCUCCUGUGACCCUGCCUCGCACUCCUCGCAUAGCUAACGGCAUCUCAGCCCGUUUGAGUAGCCACACUUCUGUAGGUUCCACUACCACCUCUGUCCAUGCUCAGGCAAGGCCGUCUGCAUCCCAAGGUCCACUUGCCCUUCCAGGCCCUUCUUAUGCCAGCAACUCUCCUCUGAUUGGCAGGAUUAGCUUUGUCAGGGAGAGGCCAUCUCCCUGUAACGGCAGAAAAAUCAGAGUGUUGCGACAAAAAUCGGACCAUGGCGCCUACAGCCAGAGCCCAGCUAUCAAAAAGCAGCUGGACAGACACCUUCCUUCCCCACCCACGCUGGACAGUAUAAUCACAGAGUACCUUAGGGAGCAGCAUGCCCGCUGCAAGAACCCUGUUGCCACCUGUCCCCCUUUCUCUCUCUUUACUCCCCACCAGUGUCCUGAGCCAAAACAGAGGCGCCAAGCGCCAACUAACUUUACCUCACGGCUGACCCGCAGGGCAGCCUUUCCGAAGUACGGAGGGGUGGAUGGUGGCUGCUUUGAUAGACACCUUAUAUUUAGCAGGUUCCGUCCGAUUUCUGUGUUCAGGGAAGCAAAUGAGGAUGAGAGUGGCUUCACCUGUUGUGCGUUUUCUGCAAGAGAACGAUUCUUAAUGCUGGGUACUUGCACGGGACAGUUGAAACUCUAUAAUGUAUUUAGCGGACAGGAAGAGGCCAGUUACAACUGCCAUAACUCUGCCAUCACGCACCUUGAGCCAUCCAGGGAUGGAUCUUUAUUGCUGACAUCUGCUACGUGGAGCCAACCUCUGUCUGCAUUGUGGGGAAUGAAGUCUGUCUUUGAUAUGAAGCAUUCCUUCCCUGAUGACCACUAUGUGGAGUUCAGCAAGCACUCUCAGGAUAGGGUCAUUGGCACAAAAGGAGACAUUGCCCAUAUCUAUGAUAUUCAGACUGGCAACAAGCUAUUGACUCUGUUUAACCCAGAUCUUGCCAACAACUACAAGAAGAACUGUGCCACCUUUAACCCCACUGAUGACCUUGUCCUAAAUGACGGUGUCCUCUGGGAUGUCAGAUCGGCACAAGCCAUCCACAAGUUUGACAAAUUCAACAUGACCAUCAGUGGUGUUUUCCAUCCCAAUGGGCUAGAGGUCAUAGUCAACACAGAAAUUUGGGACCUCCGAACUUUCCAUUUGUUACACACAGUACCUGCACUGGAUCAGUGUCGUGUGGUCUUCAACUAUACUGGCACAGUUAUGUAUGGAGCUAUGUUGCAGGCAGAUGAUGAAGAUGACCUUCUGGAGGAGAGAAUGAGAAGUCCCUUUGGCUCUUCUUUCAGGACAUUUAAUGCAACUGAUUAUAAACCUAUAGCUACCAUAGAUGUAAAGCGGAAUAUCUUUGACUUGUGCACAGACAGCAAGGACUGCUAUCUGGCUGUCAUUGAGAAUCAAGGGAGCAUGGAUGCCAUGAACAUGGAUACAGUUUGCAGACUGUAUGAAGUGGGCAGGCAGCGUUUGGCAGAAGAUGAAGAGGAUGAAGAAGAGGAUCAGGAGGAAGAAGAGCAAGAGGAAGAAGAUGAUGAUGAAGAUGAUGAUGAUACAGAUGACCUUGAUGAACUAGAUACGGACCAGCUGCUGGAGGCUGAGCUGGAGGAGGAUGAGAACAAUGAGAAUGCCGGUGAGGAUGGAGAAAAUGACUUUUCUCCCUCCGAUGAUGAGGAGCUUGCCAACCUCCUGGAAGAGGGAGAUGAGGGUGAAGAUGAAGAUUCUGAUGCUGAUGAGGAAGUUGAGCUGAUUCUUGGAGAUACCGACAGCUCAGAUAACUCUGACUUGGAGGACGACAUAAUCCUGUCUCUGAAUGAGUGAGGAGUGACUGCCAGGCGGGGUGUUGGCAGGAGGAGACGCUCCCUUCCCAGCAGAAGACUGGAGACCAAAUUGGAAACCGACUCUGAGCACCCCGACCCUUUUUCUCCUGGGAAAACCUGAGGAACUCCAGCCCAUCCGCUGUGUUGGUUUGAGUCAGUUUGAGGCUCGGGGCUAAGUCUGAGGCUCUACAAUAAAGAGACCUGGGGUUAGGCCUCUUUUUCUCUCUGCCUUUUUUUUUAUUUUUUAUUUUAGGCUGAGAUGACUCUUCAAGGAAACUUCUGAAGAUAUUUCACAAUAUAUUUUCUUUGUAUAAAGUUCUUUCCUAAAGUACAGAAAUAGUUUUAUAUAAAACAGGAAAAAAAACAAACAAAAAAAAGGCAGGUGUUCUAGUAAAGAGGGGAUGAACUUUGUAUUCCUGUAGUACCUUGUUACCAUGGGGUAGGUUCAGGGGAGAAAAAUUCUUUAAAAUUAAAAGAGGCAUUUUUAUGCAACUACUAAAUGAAAUAAGAGGAUCAUGGUUUCUAAAAUUGUUGAGGAGUGAGAAUAUUUUUAUUUUAAAUAUGAUGUUAUUUUUUAAAAAAAAAAAGCAACAGGUGUUAACACCUGCUAGUGCGCCAGUGUGUUUCAGAUGCUUUUGUCCUCCAGGGAAGAGCCCCGGGGGUGUUUGGUAACUGAACGUACAGGCUGUUUAAAGCAGAGAUUCUUGCUGUGGUACCAGCUAUAGUGGGAAGCUGAAAUCCUGGCUUGGCCUAGUCAGAGCCUGCUAUUCCUGAAGACAUGGGGAUCUGGGAUAGAAGUUUGAGCCCUCUUUCUCCCCUCUGCCCUUUGUGGUUCAAGAAUUUUAAUCUUUUUUUUUUUUUCUUUUCCUCCCCUCCCUCUUGCCCUCUGUGUGGAAACUGCAAAUUGAAGGCCUUUUUCUUUAAUGUAAAGUGUAUUUAUUAAAAAAUUAAAUAAAAAUCUUGUCUCUG